AGGGAACACGUGCCGAUGCGCACGUGGUCGUGAAUGAGCGACGCGGAAUACAUAUAACGAUUCUCGCGAGCAAUUCCACCCUCGCCGCACCCUCUGACGUCACGCAGCCUCCGCGUAUUGAUCCAUUACGAAAUUACAGUCUAUAUUUCGACUUGAGCAGAAUGCAAGACGGUGCCACAAUGUGCCACGUACAAAAAGUCAAGGCGUACCGGAAGUCCUCGCAGGCCGACUCGAUUUCCCCCAAAUUCAAAAGUUCCCGAAAUCCUCUCUCGCCGAAUAAAUCCUUCGACAUUUUUAUUCGAACGGUCCGCAGCGUGCACGAGUAAUUAAAACAAAAAGGAAUAAUAAAAACACCGCGGUAUAUAUUUCAUCGUGUUUUCUUUCAACUUCAACCCCGUUGCAAAAAGCUACGUGGCUCAUCCCCCGUAGGAGAGAAAGGGGGGUGGCGUACGCGUUCGCUCAGAUUCGCGACAAAACGGGGUUCGAUCUGUGCCAUCAUCAUGUAAAACCAGACGAAACGCGAGGGUUUUCUGUUGACGGAGCGGACCGGUCGCCGGGCCCUCGACGUGUUCUCGACGCUAGAAAAAAAAGCCAGCAGCAUGCCGAGAAAAAUCGGAUUCCACGUCGUGUACGCCACCAGCGAAGAGGACAGGCACUCCUCGUUGGAGCUGAACGUUCACGGGCCGACGGUAAGGGGCUGGCAGAGUUCAAGAAGAUGUGCGUAUCCCCAGGAACUCAUUCUACGGCUGCACGGCCCGACGAAGCUCACUAGGAUACAAGUGUUGGCUCACCAAUAUCUUAUCCCGGAAAAACUGGAGAUCUGGACAUCGGUCGAGGAGAACGCCUCGGUAACAACGGAGUUCAGUUAUUUGGGUUACAUUACGUUGUCCGACAACGCUUCGACCAUGUACAAAAGCAGGGAGCUUAAAAGCGUCGCGCUUCCGGAGACGGAAGCUGUCUCCUUGAAGCUGAGACUGCACAAACCGCACAGCAACGCGCACAAUGUUUAUCAGCAGGUCGGUCUUAUCGCUAUCAAUAUCCUCGGCGAACCUUACGGGCAGGAGCUAUCGGGUCAAGGGGACGCGCCGUACAAUCCUCAUUACACAUCUCCCUACGACGAUCUAGCCUUCGAAAUGUAUGUCGAUCGCGACGUAGCUAAAAUCGUCCGGCAGAUGGAGGCGAAGAAGUUGCAAGCGGUCGAAGAGGAAAGGUUCGAGUACGCUUCAAAGCUGAAAGUGGCCAUGGAAAAUCUGAGGAAAGCCGGAGAGCGCCUUGGAAAGUACGAAUUGGAGAAGAAGUAUGCGAUCGCGUUGGAGGAUUAUGAUAAGGCCAAAGCGAAGAAAGCACAAGCGCAACAAUAUAGGCAGCAAGUCUACCAGAGCUUAGAGGUGCAGGAUCUUCUGGAAGUUCAUGGGCCCCUGGAGAAAAACAACCAAUCUUCGAUAGAGGGUAAAGAACCGGUUUCGGUGGAUACUACAAACACUACUACAGCCCCCGAGGACAUUACGUCUCCUCCGAGAUUAGUAAUACCACCCAAUCGCGAUGGAGCUAUAUCACCAACUGGUCCCGCUCAUCAACCACCUGUUUCGCCUUUGCAUCAGAAACCAAACAGCCCCGAAGUUACCGACAGCCCUACGAACGGAGUCGUCGAGAGACAGAACAACUGCAAUAAAGGAUCCCUCAGACGGAAAACAAAGUCGGCGGGACCGGCACUUCGAUCUAGUUACGAAGCUUACGAAGAGAGGACGAUUCCUGCUCUGAGACACUCGCACACGAACGAGUUCACGAGAGAAUGUCACAUGGAGAACACGGAGACGAAAGUGAUCUCGAAGCUGAACGACAGGGAGAAGAAGCAAGCUGCGUUACCAAUAGCGGUCUUCGGAAUGGAAAUGGUGGAGAAAUUCUACUCGAAACAAUUCACGGAUAAAGAGGAAGGCUUGAUGCAGCUGAAGGAGGAAUUGAAGACGUUCGAUCCGGAAGUAUUGAAACACUCUGCGAAUAAAACCGCCAGGGCUGCGAUUCUGCUUCUGCAUAGAGCUCUCAGGGACAAGGUUUACAGCGUGUAUAGUCUAGCGGCGCAAUUAAUUAGGAUUUUCUUCUCCGAAUUUGCGACAGAUAGAGUGUCGUCCAACGAAAUCGCAAGAAGCGUGGAACGACUUCUUCCGGAACUGUUGACCAAAUCAGGGGACACCACACCUAGGAUCCACAACAUGGCAGUGCACACAAUACUAAGUAUGGCAGACUGCAAGUGUGUCAGGGAAUUGCAUUUAAUACCGGUACAUUUAACGAGGCCAGUCAGCAGUAGUACGCACCAACGACUGGCCCUUAGCAGGCUGGAGAUGGUGGAGCAAUUGAUUCUCAACCAUGGGAUUUCUACUGACAAACAAAGAUAUUGUAAUUGUUGCAGCGGGCUCACGUGUCGGACGCUCUCGGAAUUAGGUUCUUCGGGGUUGCAUCACCCAGCGGAAGCGGUCAGGAAGGUGUCGGAGAGGAUUCUGGUGCUGGUAUACAAGGUCAAUCCAAGAUUGGUCCGUAAACAGUUGCCUCCAGAUGAUGACAUCACAAGAAGGAACUUGUUAUACCGUCAACUGUUUCAUGAGUUUGACCUCAUCGACCUUCAGAGAAAAAAGGAAGCGGAAGCGUGUCACAAAACAACGACACCGACGCGGACGAAGACGACGGAGAACAAUGUAGCAAACUUGACGAAAUCUCCUUCGAGAACUAGUCCUGUCGUUAGCACCGGAAGCUCAACGAGUAUAACAUCUCCGUCCGAAAAUAGUACAGAUCACAAGGGAGACAAAAUGUGCAUAUUCUGCCUUUCAAAAGGGCAAGGAUAUUCAGAGGAAGGGCUGAAUAUUCAUUACUGGAGAAGCUGUCCCAUGCUGACGAAAUGCGAAUCGUGUAAGCAAGUGGUAGAAAUUUCGUAUCUGAACCUUCACUUGUUGAACGAAUGUGAUAUGAGAAGCAAUUAUGUGAAAUGCGAAACCUGCAAGCUAGCUAUUCACGAGAACUCCUUUAAUGAGCAUAGGAAAAGUAAUAAGUGUACAAAACCCAUCGAGGGCUACGACCGUUGUCCACUCUGCUCGAGUCUCGUGAAUCAAAAUAAAUGGAGGGAGCAUCUCAUGGGUGAUCAUCCUUGUACAAAUAACCCAAGAAACAGAUUAGUAAAAAGCUGUUCAAAGUCUCCAUCCAAUUCUCAAAACCUUGGCGGGAAGAUGACAUCACCAACCAGUAGAGAUUACUAACAUUAAUCGUUAGUUUUUCGAAGACCUCGGAGUAUACAAAUUUUUUAGAGAACUUUUUACUUUAUGUUUCUUUUAUAGUUUAUUUGUGUGUUACGAGCUGUCCAGCGUUUUCCAUAUUUGUACCGAUUUAUUUUCUUUUUAAUAGAAAAGCCCGUCCUUCAUUACUAGAUAUAUCUCUGUGUUAUAUCGAAAUUUCUAAUCGUAAGUUGAAAUCUUCUAGUCUCUAGUAUAUUAGGAGUCUUGUUAUCAACUAAAUUGACAACCAGACCAGGAAAUCUAACGCACUCUGCAGUCCUGAACUGCGGUCACACGAGGGUUUUUACAUGCACAAACCAUAGCAUUCAAUUUUAAAUCGGUAUGAAGGUCAACUGUGCCUUACAAGAGACUUAAUUAUUUAUUUCUCAGUGAAUUAGUCAAUAGAACUUUUCAGCUCAACUCUUCAUCUAGCACCGACAAAUUGUUAUUAAAAUAAAUACCAUUAAUUCAAGAGAUAUGUCAAUUCGAGUACCAUGUAGCAAUAGGAUAAAUACUUAGUUUCUUAAAGUGACCUUAGAAUGACCCUUUUUAGCAAUUACUGUAGACAUUUUUCAGAGAUCUACUUCAAAUUGGGAUUGUAAAGACUUCUCAAAUAAAUUCUAUUUUUUAAAUACUUUCAGAAGAAGUAUAAGUAUGCCGAAAAAUCCGGUUGACCUUCAAAUGUACUCCACAUGCCCGCGUACAAGAAAGCCUCUUAUAUUAAAUUACUAUAAUUGACAUUUUAUUUGCGACAUUUUUUUGGUAUAGAUAAUUUCUUAAAUAUUCCGGAAAAGUGGUUUAAAAUAAUUGUUCUGUACAAAUUAAUUAGAAUUGUUCUGGUCAAAAUAAUAUAUGUAGACAUUUAUUAAUUACAUAAAUCGAACGUAACGCUCGUGUGACCAUAGUCCGAGACGGAUAUCAACGAGUUGUAGCAAGUACUCAUCUUUUUCGAAUUUAACAUACGGUAGUAAAAAGGAGUUCCAUACAAUUUACAAACAUGUUAUUGAACGUUAUGGCGACCGCCGUUUUUGAAUGAAUGAUUCCUCAGCAUCCGGCCAUGUUUAUAAUAAUAUUUGUACUAUAAUCAAUGAGUCAAAUAAUAUCCUAGUGGCCGAACAUGAUGAACGAAAGGAAAGGGUACUCGUCGCUCAAAAUAACUCGGAGUAAUAUAUGUAAUUUCAUAAAUUAUUUCAUUGAAAAUGGAUAGUAAACACGGCAUUUCCCAUAAGAUCAUUGUAACUUUCUUGUCCCGUAGAAGUAAUUUAUUUUCGUUCUCAUUGUAGUAAGUUUAAUCGUGCCAUAUUAAACAUGACCUGUCUUGACACUCUUCUUGGACUUCAACGAGUGGAGCACCAUCAUACACGACUUAAAUAAAAUAAAAUUUUUUACUCUUAAGACAUGCUACUGAUAUUUAUAAUGACAUUAAAGAAACAGCAAUUUAUAUUACAGAA